CCGGAAGUUAUGGAAAUGACGUGCAUUCAUGAACUUUUACGAUGACUAAUAUGAUACUGUUGACAUGAAACACGAACCACUUAAAUAAUGUACUCCAUAAGAAGAUGGUUAUUUAGACCAAAGAAAACUGAUGCAGCCCUGUUAGCCAAAUUUUAUUUCACUGAUGAAGAGUUGAACUUGGUUGCUGCAGAAUUAGAUAGUUUUGAUGGUCGAAAAGAUCCGGAGAGAUGUACAGCUCUAGUGACAAAGUUGAGGUCCUGUCAGGACAAAGUAUUGAAUGUUAUAGAGAAAAUAAUCUUAGAUGCCAUACCAACACUUAAAGCUAACCGUGAUUUCAGGGUUAAGUUUCCAGAUGAUGUCCUGCAAGAAAGUUUGGCAGGACAGUUGUGGUUUGGAGCUGAGUGCCUUGCUGCUGGUUCCAGUAUAAUGAACAGGGAACUAGAGAGUGCCAGUAUGAGACCACUUGCCCGUGCCUUAACUAAAAACCUAGACAGAUUAAGAUCAUUACUAAGAGAACAAUGUUUGCGUAGUUAUUCUUAUAAUGAAAGGAUUAAAGAAGCUUUGGUGAUUUUUGAUAAAUUGUUUGCAGAAUUUGAAUACAGUUAUGUUAGUACUAUGGUACCAGUGAAGAGUAAGAAGGAGUAUGACCUUCUCCAGGAGAUCACUGUUCUGUUCUCUGAAACAGUUCAGAGGGCAUUAAAGAUAAAGUUAUUAACUCAGGACCAGAUAGAUGAUUGUGAUCCAGCUUUAAUGUUUACAAUACCAAGGCUAGCAAUGGUUUGUGGGCUACUUAUUUAUCCUAAUGGACCAUUGAAUCCUAUAUGUGAUCGAUUGGAAAUGUCAGAAAUGUUCAGACCAUUCCAGACUUUGUUGAUAAAAAUAAAAGAAUUAUUACAGACACUGUCACCACAGGAGCUAGCAUCAUUAGAAAAAUCCUUAUGUACAAAUGAACCUGUUGAGAAAGUCAUACCUAAAACUACAUUGGUGAGCCAGAACUCUCAAACAGAUCCUGGAUUUGAAGAUAGUACAGAAGAGGCUGACAACAAUGCAGAUAUCACUGUCACUUUGGAAAAAACUUUGGACAAUAAGUCCAAUGAAACAUUAGACAAAAUAAGCCAGCUAGAUGAAUCUCAGCAAACUUUGUCACCAAGUGAUGAUAGGAAUUUUGUUUCACAUUUAAAUAAAUCUGAAAGUCGUGACUCAGGACUACAAAGUGAGAAUACCAGUACCUCUGGCACAGUUUCUUGUGGGGUUGUCUCCCCUGAUGAAGAAAAUAGUUUUGUGGGAACUAAUGAAGUUUUGGACGAUACAAACAGUGCAACACCCAAAGAGGUGGACAUCUGUGAUAAUGAAACUAUUGCUGUGGUUACAAAUAGUACUCACAGCACAGAAUCUUUAGGAGAUAAUAAUAUUUGUGAUACUACCGAUGCAGAAAAUAUUCAUGACAUAUGUCUUUCAAUAAUUAAUGAUAUAGUAAAUAUUUGUGCAGGGCAGCCUUCUAAUGACUUAAAUUCUGAAAUUCCACAAAUGGCAUCUUAUAAUUUGUGUUCAGACUGUGAUAAACAAACCGAGGAUUUAAAUUCAGCGUCAAAACUUGAAAAUAGAAAACAGACUGAAAAUCAGGCCGAUAUAAAAGUAACAUCUGAUUCAAAAAAUUUACCGGAAACAGAAAAUUAUCCCAGUGAACAAGGUUGUAGUAAUGUUUCUCCAUCUGAGGCAUCUAAAAGUGACAAAAAACAGGGAUCUGAUCCACCUCUUGAGGAACUACAAAGUUGUAGUACUUCAAGGUCACAUUCUAAACCAACACAAAAUAGAAAACCACCUAUAGAUAGAAUACAUUGUAAAACUGGAUCCACCUCAAAAUCAGGAACACAGAAAGGAAAAUCUGACCCAAGUGCUAAGUCAGAGACACAGAAAGGAAAAACAAGAUCUAGUAGUUCAAUACAAGAAACCCAUAGAAAUAAAACUGGUCGACAUGAUACCCGAGUUAGACGUGUUAGAUACCAUGGAACUAUCAGUAACACCUUCACUAGUGUGCAUGAAAAUAACUAUGACUGGGAAAGAGAUAGUAGUGACAGCAGUGGUAGUUCAGAUACCAGUUCUUAUACAUCAGAUAGCCAAGAUGAUGAAGAAAUAGAACUUGCUGUCAAAGCUGCUGCUGUGGCAUCAAAGAAAGAAAUCCGGUCCAGAUUUCGUAGUAGUAGUGAUCUUAUCCACAGACUAUUUGUUUGUAUAUCAGGUGUAGCCGAUCAGCUGCAAACAAACUAUGCAGGGGAUUUAAGAAAUAUUUUAAAGAGUGUCUUUGAUAUGAAUUCAUCAAGUGAACCAGAUGAAAUAGAAAGUGUAGGAACGAAAUUUGAUAGAACACAACACAUUCAGGCACAAUUACAGGCUGCAAGAGUCAACAGAUAUCGCCGUAGCAAUAGUAACCAUAGUCACAGAAGUAGAGAACCACCAGAAUGGGUACCAGAUGAACAGGCAAUAAGUUGCUCGUCAUGCCAAGCUAUAUUUACUUUUGUAAGGAGACGACAUCACUGCAGAAAUUGUGGAAAGAUAUUCUGUGGUCAGUGUUCCAACAAUAAUGUACCCCUCCCACACUUUGGACAUUCAACGCCAGUCCGAGUCUGCAACAGAUGUUUUAUGUUCCAAGUAACACCAUUUGUACCAGAAAGUUAAGAAGUUCUAUUCAUUUCAAACACUGUCAGAGCACACUAGAUGAUUUACUGAGUUGUUUAUUAGCAGCUGCAUUUAAAUAUGUUAUAUACAGAAUUUGUUAUUUUUCAUCAUCAUUUUUUUUUAAUUGGUUUUUGUAUGCCAUAUCAAGCAGUUUACUGUUUAAAAAAAAGAAUAGAAAAGCUAUUUAAGAGAGUUUGCGAAAAGUGGCGGUCCUCAGGAUUUUACCAUCAAAAUUUUAAAUAGGACUUACACAUUUUUAGUAUUUUUCAAUAGAAUUAAGAGUGAGGACCAGUAGAUUUUCUUCAAAGACCACCAAGAGAAAAAAGAUUUCCCUAACUCUGAUUUAACUCUGUAUUUUAUACUGUCAAAAAGGAUAUAUACAGAACAGAUAUUUCACAAUUUUCCUUUACACAAUAAAUUUUGUAUUAUUCAACUUGCUGUUUACAGAUCCUUAAUUUUUUUCAUUGAUAUUUUUAACCCGAUUUAGAAAAUAAUGAAGACAGAAACGAUAUAGUUUGGUAUAGUUCAUUACGUAUCACAUUUAUGAAGGGGGAAAAAAUUUGUUUCUGUUUAUUUAUUUUUUUCUAUUUGAACUGCAAAAGUUUUAUCCUCCAACAAGUUUUUUGUUUUCAAAGGAACACAUAAGAUACAGUAGUAUUCAGGUUUUACAAAAUAUGUUUACCAAUUUUAUAAAUUCUAUGAGUAAACAUCUCCACACAUCGCAAAGCACAAACAAUUUUAGGUAGUAUUUACCUAAAUUUAUAUUUAAGUCAUCUUAUUCCUAAGAUUCCUAUCAUUAUCAGUAGAAGGAUCAAACAUUUGCUAGUUUUCUUGUGUAACAAUCAGUGUGCAGAUAUCACUUUCAGUAGAAAUUACAAUACUUUAUAGAUGUUAUAUACCUCUAUAUCUGGGCUCAUGCUUGAGUUAAUCAGCUGUAACCAUGCAUGAUUUUAAUAACCUUUCCAAAUUUUCAUUGAAAAAAAUAGUGAAAAAGUGAACCCAUACUCAGAAUUGGAAUAAAUGAUGAAAGAGGUAACUUCUAACUCUUGUAAAUUUAGUGCAGGAUAUUGAUUGAGCAGGUGCUUGUUUGUUCUAUAAUUUAUAUAGUAGUGCUAAAAGUGAAAUAACACUGAUAAAUCUCCACAAGAUAUUUGGUUUCCCACCUGCAUUAUUCUUAUAAGAACUGUGAAUAUUAUGUAGAUCUUGGAUUUUGUUGUUUUUCUAUUCAAAAUGCUGUAUUAUCUUUUGGUUUUGAUAUUAUAUCGUAAAUUUAAUAGUAGAAUAUGGAAGGUUUUGCUUGUAUAUUCUUAAUUUAUUCCUGAAUUCAAACAAAAUAGUAAAAUAUAACUACAUCAGAUAACAUUACUUCAUUAUGGAAGUACUUGUACAAAUUUAAAAAAUAUAUGCUAUUCUGUCAAACAAUAAUAAUAAUGAAUUGCAAGAAAGUGCCUAGUUGUACAAGUUCUGUAUCAUUUUCAUAAAUUCAGCAGAAUUUUUACAUCAAUAAAAUUCUAACAUAUUUAUUUUUAAGCUGCAGCUUUCUUGGUUUGAUCCUUUUUGUAUAAACAUAAAUUAAUUCAUUUCAAAAUAUAACUGAAUAAGAACACUAGUUAACAGGAAGACUUUUUAAAAUCUAGAGACAUGCUCUUUAUAUUCAUUUUCUUAGCAUUUAAAUAUUUACAGAUAUAUUUAUAUUAUAUUAAUAUGUUUGUGUGCUUUAAGCUAUAUGAUAAUUUUGUUAUUAUCCCGGUAUUUUAAUAGUUACAAUACAUUUUGUAUUAUUAAGUUGCUGUUAUAUGUUAAAUUAAGUUUCAUUAGUUUGUAUGGUGCUUUCUGUUGCUGUGUUUUGCCUCAUUUUGUUUUGUUAAUUUUAGCAUUUUGUAUUAGUUCCCCUGAAUUAUUAUGUUUAUUUGUUAACCCAUACUUUACUGCUUUAAACAAUCAUUUCUUUUAUUUGUAUAAACUUUUGUACUAUGCAUUUGUCAUGUGUUUAUAUGCUUACUAUUUGAUAAUUAUGUUGAUCUGUAAAAGACAGUUUUGUAUCAUGACAGUUUCAUUAAAUCAUUGUUUGUCAUUCAUUAAAUAAGCACUAUACAAGCUUAUAUAUUUUUAUGGUAUGAUAGUAUAGUACAUUUGAAACUAAAAGUGAUGAGAAAUAACCACUAGUUCUUCUGUUUUAUCAGUGUACUUUGCACAUAAUAUAUUUAUAUUGAUAUAGAAAUCAUGUUUUGACUGAAAUGUAAUAAAUAGUACAGUCAAUUUUGUCUUUUCAAAUUACUUGCAUUUUUGUAGUGUAUUUUUUUUAAUCCAAACCUAUAGAAAUUUUAUUUUAUUUUUUUCUGACACAAAACAUCAAUGAGUAUAGUAAUUAUUAAAUUAAAUCAUUAUAUAUUUUCUAUUGUUCUUCCUGCUAGAAUAUUUCAUUGAAUAAAACACAUUAACCACUGAAAAUACGAUUUUUUAUUAACACCUCUGUAAAGAAAAGGCACUCAAUUAUUAAUGUUAGAUUGGACGUGAAAGUGGAAUACAAUAAUCUCACCACAUUUCUGACAAUACAAAUACACCCACUGUCAAUACAAAAAUCAUGCUGAAAAGCUUAAUAUAAGGAGGUACCUAACACUACAGGGAGAUAACUCAGUAAAGUCAGCUAAACGUUUUAAUUACUUUGAGUUGUAAAAGGAAUAUUAAGCUUCUCAAUGAUCAAAAUUGGUGUUUAUCAAACUGCUAUAUAACCAGUGUAAUUCUUCUGACAAAACGGUUGGUUCAAAUUUUUUGAAAUUUUUAUAUAUUUUUGUUUAAAAUUUUAUGAAAAUUGAACAAGCCAACUUAAUUUUAGUGCAAGUGUUGGGUACCACCUUAACACAAAUUUUCAUACUUUAUUUAAAGAUUUAAUUUCAGAGUCAUUAGAAUAUAUAAAUUUUCUUAACUUAUUUAAUGCUUUGUUUCUAUAAUCUUUAAAAGUUUGGUCAGUAAACUGAUUAAACAUUAUAUUAUAAGGGUUGUGUAUGCUUAGGUUGUAACUUGUAAUACAUCUUUUUAUUUUAUUAAAUAUACACCAUUUAAUAACUAUGUUAAAAACAAGAUUUCCAUAGUUUUGAUUACCAUAAUUUCAUAAACAUAACACUAAAAAAACUUUGCACUAAUUCAGAGUAAGGAAUAUAAGCAUGCUUAAUAAACGUAUGUAUAAAUGUACUCAAUUUAAGUGGUAUAAAUUCAUAUUAUUCAAAAUACAUGGUCAAUUUAACUGACUCCAAAAAAUAAUCUGAAACAGCCUAGAAUUGGUUCCAUUAAUUGUGUUUAAAUUCAAAACAUUUAUAUAUGAAUUAUUGAUGAAUUUUGGCUGGUAAACUUAUAAGAAAUUAUGUCUAUUGAAUAUAUCAAAAUAUAUUUCUAUAAAAACAGUGCAAUUCUAUUUUAAACAUUUCAUUACUUUCCAAGGUAAUGCAUUCGAUUUUUGUAAAUUUCUUUUAUGCAUAUCUUUUAUUGGCAACAAGUAAUUGAAAAUCAUGAAACAAAUUUUGGACACCAUAAAAAUUAAUUUAUCACAUAUCUCAUAUUGUCAGGAAUAUAUAGGCGUAACUGGACUGCAGGUUUUUUCAAUUAUCUUCUCUUUAAAAUAGUAUAUUAUAUAUGAAACAGUAAUAACUAUAAAUGCUUAAAACUGUCUAAAAAAUAGAAUUAAUUUAACUUAAGAGGUCACAGAUUUAGGUCAUUGAUAGAACAUUUCUCAAGCAUUUUCCCUAAUUUUUAGCAGGAGGCAUUCAUAGUUCACAUUGUCAAUGUAUAAGUCUACUAAGUACUGAAAAUUCAGAAAUUAUUGCGAGGUUUUUAUUAUUGCGAAAAAUGCGACAGAGUUGUAAACGCAAUAAUUUAAACAUGCAUUUUGAAAUGUUUCAUAUGAAUUAAACAGGAUUUUUCUCAAAAUCGUAAUAAUUAAAAUUGCAUUUAAGUAAAAACUGACAAAAACACAAUAAUAAAUACACGCAAUAAUUUCUGAAUUUACAGUACAUGUUUAUCUAAAGUCUUGCUGAAUUGUUCCUACAACAAAAUGCUUGGAAGACCAUUUAUGCUCAUUGAUAUCUUGAUUGUUGUAUAACUAAAUUUAGAACUCUCAAAAUUGUGUGUAAAGUUUACAAUCAGAAUGCUACAUUCAAAAUUUAAGCCAUUGAGAAAUUGUUUGUUUCUAUGAAAAAUCAAAAUGAAAUGAAUUAAAUAUUUUUGUUUAUGAAAAGGUUUUCAAAAUUGCAGCCAUUGUAAAAUUUCACUGAUACAGGUAAAGAUUUAAAAACAAAGGAUUAUUUGAGAAUAUAUGUAUGGUUAUGAAACCAAUCUAUUACCAAUUUCACAGUGCAUCCCCGCCUCUUUUUAAAAAGUUUAGGAUCCACCACUGAUGUAUUACAUUGUAAAAUCUAGUUCAAGUUCUUAGAUGAUUAUCUCCUUAAGAAUAUGAAAUAAGAAGAAUCUUUUUGUUAAAUCACUAAUGUUGAAUAACAUACAUAUGAGAUGGCUUUCAUUAGGAUAAAUUUUUUUUAUAAUGUUGAUAUUUUAAAGCCAUUAUUAGGUUUAUGAUAAAAAUGCACUGAUUUAAAAAAAAAAUUAGAAAUUUCAAUUUUGAAAAUAAUCUAAGAGGAAGGUAUGAUAAGGCCAUAUUAUUGGUCCCUUGAAUUAGAAAAUUUUAAAAAUUAUUAAUCUUUCAGAUGCAUCCUUUAUAUGUUUACAAAGAGUUGUAUGACAGCAGUAUUUAUAUUGACCUGUGUCUUACAUUUUUACUUUAGGGUUUAAACUUCCUGCAGUUAAUAUAAAUCCUAUGGUUUACAGCUCAUGUCCAAAGGGACAUUUUCUGUUUUGUAAUAGAUAGAUUUUUAUUUUGUACUCCUCUGGUAAAUAUAUUUUUGUGGAAUAAUGAAUUUCUCUUUAAGGGUGAGAUUUUGUUUUUCAAUUUGUGAUGUUGAAAUUAGGGAAAAGUAAAUUGAUUGACAAUGUUAUUUGAUACUAAUGCCUUUAUUUUUCUUUGUACAACAUUCAUAUUAAAAUAAAUCUAUUAUAUUA